UUAGAUUUCUGUAGUCUGUGUAACCGCCACACCAAAGCAAAACGAAGCUUCCUGGAAGUUAGCUUAGGCUUAUUAUACUACAGGCGCUAUGCGCUCUAUUUAUAAAUACGAUGUCUCUCACACCUGUGUAGCACAAAGAUAACGGCGCUGGAAAUCUAUCUGCUAGCUAUCUAUUCUGUAGAUUAAUUAUCGGGAGAAACAUCAGUAGAGUUGCACCUACUAGGUAAGUUAAGAAUGGCGUCUCAGGAGCCGUGGCAGAUGGAGAACGGCAACCUCAAGGGCUCCAGCAAGGAGAUUAAACAUGGAAGGACCGCCCACAACAUGUCCUCUUCUUCCCUUCGGAAGAAGUCCGAUCUCUCCCUUGUCAACAAAGUUCCCUGCGGAUUGGUGAGGCAGCUAUUGGCCAAUCUCCAGGAGGUCAUCCUCGGGACUAAGCUCUCCGUUCUCUUUCCGGCUAUCCCGCUUGCCAUCGUCGCCCAGUACUACGGCUUUGCCGGGCCUUGGAUUUUCGGUCUGAGCUUGCUUGGACUCACCCCGCUUGCUGAACGGCUUGGCUUUCUGACCGAGCAAAUAGCAUAUUAUACUGGUCCAACAGUUGGAGGGCUUCUAAAUGCAACAUGUGGUAAUGCCACAGAGCUGAUAAUUGCAAUAUUCGCUUUGAGCAAGAACAAAAUUUUAGUGGUGAAGUAUUCUCUACUGGGCUCUGUGCUCUCCAAUCUUCUUCUGGUUCUUGGGACUUCUCUCUUCUGUGGUGGCAUUUACAACCUUAGAGAGGAGCAGAAAUAUGAUAGGAAACAAUCCGACAUAAACUCGCUCCUUCUGCUUCUGGGAUUGUUGUGCCACAUGCUACCAUUGAUGUUUCGGUAUGCAGCAAACCCCAGUGGUGCCGCUCUUAUUGCAGACUCAACUCUCUCUCUAUCAAGAGCUGGCAGCAUUGUGAUGCUCGUAGCAUACUUGGCUUACCUAGUUUUCCAGUUGUGGACCCACAGGAAAUUGUUUGAGGCACCAGAGGAUGGUGAUGAUGACACUGUGAGUUCUGAUGAAGAGCCUGUUAUAGGAUUUUGGAGUUCAGUUGUCUGGCUGAUUUUAAUGACGGCUAUCAUUGCUUUAUUAUCUGAGUUUGUUGUCGGCACGAUUGAGGUUGCAUCAGAAUCUUGGGGUAUUUCUGUCAGCUUCAUCAGCAUAAUCUUGUUGCCCAUAGUUGGAAACGCUGCAGAACAUGCUGGAGCAGUCAUAUUCGCCUUUAAGAACAAGUUGGAUAUAUCUUUGGGUGUUGCUUUGGGGUCUGCAACUCAAAUUGCAAUGUUUGUGGUUCCAUUAUGCGUGUUGGUUGCCUGGAUAAUGGGCAUCAGGAUGGAUCUUGAUUUCAGUCUCCUUGAGACAAGCUCUCUUGCUUUAGCCAUAAUUGUCACAGCCUUCACUCUACAGGAUGGAUCUUCUCACUACAUGAAAGGAUUGGUCCUUCUGCUGUGCUAUGUUGUUAUCGGGGCCUGCUUUUUCGUUUCCAAAACAACCCCCGACCAAGGAAAUGGCAUCACCCCGGGGAUCAAGUUGCCAACUGAAGGAGUCGUCAGUGCUUAAUAGGCUUUGGCCCUUUGGGGUCGUUUCUCUCCUGAUGAAGAAAGCAAUGUUGUAAUGCUAUUUUUCCAACAAUCCCUUGAUUGGAAAUGGGAGGAUCAAGUGCAAUAUUUGUUAUUCUUUCAUUUGGAUUGGCCUUGUGCAGCGUAGGGCGUGAAGUUCACAUGCAUGUUACAUUUGGCAUUAGAGAUUGUGGAGGCUCCAAGGUCGAGAAGGAUAUUAGUGGUGGAUGUAGCGUUACAACUUGAUGAAGAAGACCAGCAUACAAGCAUAUAUGGUCAUGUAUAUUCGUUGGUAACUGAGUAUGGUUUGUUAUGCUAGUAGAGUGGUGGGUGGGGCACCGCACAGGGCUACUUUCCUUCUGUAGUUCUAUUAUCAAUAAAUGGAAAUUGGUGUUUUGAGUUUGCUA